GAUACGCGUUGGUUGUGUCAAGAAUCUGUGUGCACUUAACAUGGUUGUCCUUGCUGUGGAUAGCUGAGACACGCGAGCGCUGCUGCACAAGCAGAAGACCUCAUCCUAAUGUUGAAAAAUUAGCGCUGCUGCACAACCAGAUGAAUUAUUCCUCGCAGCAACAGAAAACCUGCAUUUUAUUUCCUUGGAUAAUACUACUUCAUGAUCAUAUAUCGAGAUCCGAAAUCAAACGAAGCACCCGUGCACUGCACUGUGUUAUCAAUAACCAAGACAUGCCAGCCAUAUAUGCUAACUCUCCUAUGGAGGUUAGCAGAUGAGAUUCUCGCUGUCGGCUGCUCCUUUCAUCGUGCCAUUGCUACUGCCUCUCUGAUAUAUAUACAGGGAGAACCCCAAGGCUUCAGCACCAACACACUGCCUACCAAAAAACAGCAACAAAGCUUCAAUCUCCAAGCAUGGCUUACCACCUACGAUCGGCAAGCACGCCUUCGAGCCCUCCCUCAAACAAAGCGGAAGUCGAGGAGCAGUUCCAGAGCCUGAGCACAACCAUCUCUUCGCCCUCGGCGACCAUCGAUACAAUGUGUGAUGGCUUGAGGAGGCUCGGUGACAUCUACAGCUGCAUCGAGAAGAUGAUGUGCACACCAAGCAGCCAAGUCAGCCUUUGCCAGACCCUUCAAAGGGCGGCAGUGGAGGCGGAGCUUGGACAGUCCCUCGUCGUGCUCGACCUCUGCAACGGCAUGCGGGAGAGCUUCAUGGUAUUGAAGAUGACUGUCCAAGAGCUACUGCUGGUUCUUAGGAGAGGAGAGGAUAUGUCUUCUCAAGUCAAGGCAUAUGUCAGGCUAGCAAACAAGGUCCAAAAACAGUUCAAGAAGAUCAGCAAGAAGAAUGCUUCCGACAAGAAAGACUGUAGGGUGGUGAUGCUACUGGCAGAAGCGAGAGAGAUCACCAUUUCACUGCUCGAAUCCACAUCCUCAAUCUUGUCGAAGCAAGUUCAGAUGCCCAAGUGGUCUCUUGCCUCCAAAACAUUCCAGAAGAGCAAAGUUGUGUGCCAAGAGGAGCAAUUGCAGGCAUUGGAGCACAGUAUUGGAGAUCUUGAGAGCGGAGUGGAACUUCUCUACAGCAGAUUGAUCCAGAACAGAGUUUCUCUUCUGAAUGUUCUUAGCUCAUAGAUACCCUGAGCUCUAGUUCCAUGCGGUUGGCAUCCACCUUUUAAAGGAUUAGUCAAUCAUCCUAACAGUUUUGCAGUAUGUAUGCUUGUGGAUAUGUAUAGGAAGUUCACUGAACCGGAAAGCAAAGAAAACAAUUUUGUCA